AUGUCCGACCGUAACUCCCCUCCCUUGCCCUCUCCCGGUGCGUCUGAGAGACGCCGCGCCUCGUUCAGUGCUACGGCCUUCUCAGACCUCUUCGGUCGCUCUCCCUCGAACGCAACAGCUCAGAACCCUCAGAACCCUCAGAACCCACCCACUGCCUAUCCCGGCCCCAUAACCAGCGCGGCCGCUCAAGCCAACCGCCGACGCCUUUCCCUCACCACUCUGGGCCUCUCCGGCUCACCCACCCAAAGCUCUUCCUUUGGGAUGCCCCGUUCCCGAGGCGACAGCGUCUCGAGCGCCAACACCGGCUCCGUCGACGAAAGCCCGUUCGAGGAGGAGGACCACGGUCCCACCUCCGCCUCCACCGCCCCAAACACGCCCUUUGCACGGCGGCUCAGCUUCGGAGCGCGAGCCCUACGAGACGUGAAGCAGAGCAACGGAAAUGGACAUACCAAUGGUAGACGUUCACCUUCCACCAUCAAAACCACCACCUCUCCCCCGACUGCUGCAAAGAGUCGAGGUUUGUCCUCAUCACACCGUGUUACAUUUGCUUCGUCCGAGAACGAGGAGCUGCCGCACGCCGCAUCGCCCCGUGGCGGCGCGGGGCAAUCCUCACAGCCCGUGCAUGCGCUGACAGGUUUGCUUGAUCGCACAGGCGACGGCUACAAUUUUGCCGAGAACCUCCGCACCCGCGCGGAGCGUAUGUCCAUCUCGGGCUCGUCCGGUGCCCAGGCCCCGACCCGCAUCCCGCACCAGAGAGCCAAGAGCGUCGCUGUCAUGGAGCCGCCCAAGCAGAUGCCCAAGUCGCCGGUGGUGCCUGAUGCAUUCGGCGAGCGGAUGCUCAAGGGAGACUUCUACAUGGACUAG